AGCAGCAGCAGCAGCAGUCUCGAAAGAAGUGGAAACGGUGGAGGAGAAAGUUAUGGUGCCUAUCGAAUAAGUAUUGGUGAUAAUGUUACUAGUGAUGGUUGUAGUAAUAAAUGUACUGAGGUGUGAAGAAUAUAUUGCAGCGAUAGAAGGAAAGGUGAAGAGAAAUAAAACCACAAUCACAACAAAAGAUUUGCAUAGCACCGAUGUUGUUCAGCCUUAAUUGCUCCUGAGCGAAACCAUAUUUCCUUGUUCACCAGUCGAUUGACCAAUAGGAUCUGUCAGCUGUUGAUUUCAUCAAAUACACGAUUUGUUAAUUUGCAAACAGCAACAAACACGCAGAUUUUGUUUACUUCAACGAUUUCGUGAACCGCAGGAGUCAGUUAAAGAAUAAUCUCAACAAGGGGAGAUUACUGUCAGCAGCACCAUAAGCAAAAUAGAAAAAACAAUCAAAUAAAAAUAAAACAAAACAAAGUGAAAUAUGUUUGCACUUCAUAUAAUGUGGUGUUUGCUUAAUACUGUUCUAACAGCACAUCCAGCAAGAGGACAGGUCAACCUUACUAUGAAAAGCAAUCACGUUUCGAGAUCUUUGCUGAUACAAGUUAUGUUGCGAGAACAAGUCUAUGAUAAACGUCUGCCGCCAAACUUCGAUAAAGAUCUUCCGACUCGAGUAAACGUUUCUUUGGACUUUAAUUCGUUCGACUCAAUUGAUGAAAUGAAUAUGGAAUUCGGUGUGAACCUUGUAGUCGAACAAGAAUGGAUUGACCAUCGACUUAAUUUCUAUAACCUGAUCGACAGUGAGGUACUUGAGCUGGACGUGAAAAUGAUGGACGAAUUGUGGGUCCCUGACAUCUAUAUCUCCAAUGAAAAAGUGGCCACCUUCCACACGGUCACCGUUCCUAACAAAAUGAUGCACCUUUACCAAAACGGAAAAAUUAUCUACAGAAACAGAAUAUCGCUCAGAGCCUCAUGUCCCAUGCAACUUCAAAAAUACCCAAUGGAUCAGCAGAUUUGUUACCUUCAUUUGCAAAGCUUUGCUUAUACAGAAAAAAGGCUACAAUUCCAUUGGAACGACAACCGUGACAAAGCGCUGCAAAUGAUCAAAGCCGUCCACAUAAUGCCACAGUUUGAAAUCACUAAAUGGUCCAUAUGUGACUGCAAUAGCAUCAUGAAUAAUGAAGAAAGAUUCUCCUGUUUAAGAGCUGAAUUUCAUUUGAAGAGAAAUAUGGGUUUCUACAUUCUCAACAUAUACUGUCCAUGUUCAUUGACCGUCUUGGUAUCAUGGUUUUCAUUUUGGCUAAACAUAGACGCUGUCCCUGCCCGCACAUCAUUGGGUGUUCUCACAGUGUUAACGAUGACCAGUCAAACGGCUGCAGCCGUCUCCGCUCUUCCCAAAGUUUCUUACAUCAAAGCUAUAGAUAUCUGGAUGGCUAUCUGUCUCAUAUUCGUCUUUCUCGCACUUCUAGAAUAUGCUGUGGUCAACGUUUUGAAUCGCAGAGAGAUCAAACGGUAUUUAAGAAACCGUCCUUUGCAGAUGGACCCAGAGAAAGUUUCGCUAGCUGUUUUUUCAAAUGGUUACUCGCAGCCAGACUCUGCUAUCAUAUCUUACCAAAUUGAUCCUAACGGCAAGGAGCAUGCAAGAAAAGUGGACAAAUACUCCAGAAUUAUAUUUCCGCUGAUAUUUCUAUUAUUUUGCUUCAUUUACUGGACAUAUUAUCUAGGGGUAUGAUUGAUGAUUGAUGAUUGAUAUGUCAUGACAAGUGGCUGUUCGUUUGGUGUUUUUAUCAAAGUAAUUAAAAUGGAGUGGGGUUAAAACGCUUUGGCGUCGCUUUUUAAGCUUCGCUAAUUCGACGUUGACUUAUUUGACAUCAGACAUGUUAAUGUUUCUCCCGUUUUCAUGUUUCCAUCGUUCUCUUCCACCUCUUUUUUCUCUCUAUUUAUGUGUGAACAUCAAGUUAUGCUUGUAUAUAUAUAUGUUUGCAUGUGUGUGUGUGCGUUUGUCUCCAGGGCCAAAAUGUACUGUCACUAAAAGAGCUUGAAUGUCCAUUCUGCUGUGCCAAAUCAUCAGCGUCCAAACAGUAGUGCCCUAUCGUCUCAUUCCAUAAAAUGGGUGGUUUAAGUCGGCUGAAUCAAGUGUUAGAUUUUAAAGCUGAUAGAAUGUGGUGAGAUUAGCCUGAAUGCGCAGAAGUGUGAGCGUUAUGAUAGAGUGAGGUGUGCAGUUGAAUGAGGUGUAAAGUAAGCUGAGUCAACGAAUGAAGUUAGCAUUAAAGGUAAGCUGAUUGGUAGGGUUAGGUGAGUGAUAGAGAUGUGAGUGAAAGGGUUAGUGGCAAAGUGAAGUAAUGUGUACUAGAAUGACCGGUUGUAUGGGUGAGUGUCUGUGAGGUAAGUGUGUGGAACCCUCUGCAGUGAUGUUGUAGGGAACUGAGCUACAGAAAAACAAAAAUGAGAUAAAUUGGAGCGUGUUAUGAUAAAAUCAGGUAAGGUGAAGUGUGAUAUAGUAAAAUGAGUGUAGUUAAGUGUGAUAUACUAAUACACACACACACACACACACACACACAUACACACACACACACACACACACACACACACACACACACACACACACACACACACACACACACACACAUACACACAUACAUGUUUAUAUGGAGAGGGAGUUAUAUAUAUAAAUAAGCAAAUACAUUAAAGUGGGGUGAAGCAUGUUGUGGCAAAUAAAUUAUGACAAAACGAGGUAUGAUAAAUUAAGAUAAAAUACAAUAUGGGAAAAUGGAGCUUUGAGGAAAUGAAGUAUAAUAAAUGGGGUAUGAGCAAGGAUGGUAUAGUCAAUAAGACAUGGUACGGUGAGGUUAUGGUAAUGUGUGUAUGGCAUGAUAGAAUGGUACGGUAUGUGAAAUAUGGUUAUUGCGGUAUAGUAAAUUCUGGUUUAAUAUGGGAGGCAUAAUAAUGCGUAGUAUGUUCAUGAAAUGAAAUGCAGUGAAGUAUGAUAUGGAAUUACUAUGAUAAGAUCUGGUGUAGAGAAAUUGCUGUGCAAGCUGUGCCGUGUUAUAUUUUGCGGUAUGAUUUUAGUUCAUAAUUAGUUUCAGUCAUUGCUCAUUUAUACAAUUUAUGAACUAAUAUUCAUUGAUUUCCGAUAGUAAGAUAGAAAAAAGAAAACAGGGAGGUAAUCUCGGUAUCGCAUCAAAAGCAAUAUUUUAACAAAAAUCAAGAUUGCGAUCAGUAUUGUUAUACCCUAAUCCUAUUUAAUGAAGGCAGAGUUACAGUAAAAUUAACACACACACACACACACACACACACACACGCGAGCGCAUACGCAUACGCAUGUGCACACCAUUGUGCACACAAAUGCACACACACAGAUACAAACAUGCACGUGCACACACGUACAAACUCGUGUGCACGCUCACUCACAUACAAGUAUACUGACUGACUCACUCAAACAUACACAUGCAUACAAAUAUAGAGAUACCGACUCACACAUACACAGGCACCACGCACAUUCUGAUUCACUCACAUACACAUGCUCAAACACACAUAUUCACUCAUACACAGAGGUAGAUUAAAUUUUAA